AUGGUGUCAAAAAUAACAGCCUUCAGUGGAUUCACUACGUAUAAAACCAUUCACAUAUUUCAGUUAGCCAAUGAUAACAACCACUUCAACAGUACUCAUCUAAACACUUUGAGAUCGUCCAUCACUUCAGUGUACCGAGCUUUGCAUCCUAAUGAGAAACCAAGCGCAGCUCAGCCUCUCAUCCAAGAUUUUUUUCGCAGCAAAAAGAAGAUCAGAAGUAAUAAUCCCAUCUACUCAGCAACUUUUAAUCUAGGAAACCGACACGACAACAACUUUUAUAAACGAGCGUGGGCUGAUUCCGCAAACCUAUACAACCUACAACUAAAGACUAUUGCACUCCUGUGUUUGGUAAUGAUGGCAUGGUCAAACCCAGACAUCGGACGCCUGCAAACGAGUGAUAUACGAAUCGGCCUUCAACACUCGCCAGUAGAUCCAAGCAGAUCAUGCCACAUUAGGAGUCGAUAUGGAGCCAAUUGA